GAAGGACAUCUCAAAAGCAUUGACCGAUGCCAUUUUCAGAUCCUGAGAAUUUCAAUAUUGGGGUUUGGUAGCCUUACGAUGAUAAUUUGAAUUCGCUUAUCUGCACUCGCUUUUAUCAUCCAUCGGGCGAUAAUUAGCACACUUUACGGACCCUCGCAGUGCCAUGCUUCGCUAGCUGGUCCCGACAUUCUUAGUAUUAAGAGCCGGCUCUCACCGUAUCACAUCACACGGCAUCAUGCUAUUGGCAACUUCUCAGGACGCAGCGUCCUUGGAGCUGCUUCCUGAUGAUGUUCUCAUAAGAAUCAUAUAUUUUGUUCCUCCGGCUGAGAAUCUCAGCGUCUUACAACUCCUGUCGCACCGCUUCCGCACUUUGGCUGGCAACCAACUUCUUUGGAAGGGUCAUUGUUUGAAAGCAUUUCGCUACUGGCACCCACGCCAUUAUCUAAAGGACAAACUUCAAUUGAGAACAUCUGAGGUAGACUGGAGAGCUCUUUUUAUAAAAAGGAAAACACAAAACGACAAGAUUGCAGCGUUGCUGGAACGGAUCAUUCAAACGAGACAGUCAAGGGUAGCUCGCAUUGGCCAGAUUUGCAAAUUCGGCUACGACGCCAAAGACUAUUUACUUUCGCAAAUUAAAUCAGACGAGACAAUAUGCGACUUUUUGGCAAGACGACAAUUCAGUCAGGAUGCUCUUAGCAGCAUUCAUCGCAGUGUGGCUAUUGCUGAGUGGCAGCGUGUUAGAGACCGCCAACGAGACAAUGGCAGCAACGCGCGACUCCUGGAGCGUUCGCUGACCGCGUUUGACAUGUUUGUGCUAUAUGACGAUGUAGGAGAUAUUGAUGAGAUGUCCACACUACUGGACGAAUUAGCAGCCAAGUUUUUAUCGAGGCAACUCAACUGGCAGACAAUGACUACGAGAGAUAAAGCACUGCGGCUAAAUAAUUGGCUUCGGCAACGCAACCUUACAGGAAUCUCAGUAGGCGAUUUCAGCAACCUUCGCAACUCGCUGCUGGGCCAGGCACUCCGACACCCAGAACAUGAAUCCAACCCAAAUAUCUCGUCAUCCAUCUAUUGCGCCCUUGCCGAACGCGUUGGAAUAAAUGCACAAUGCUUCCUAGCUCCAAUGAUGGUUCAUGUUAUAGUCACACCACCCGAUGGCGAGUCUUUGGAUGGGACAGCCGGCACUACUCAAAGUUACAUGUUUUUGGACCCUUGGGGCUCUGAAGGAGAGGCGCCAUUACGUCAUCUGGAAGAGCUGACAUCUCGCUUUGGAUUAAAUAUAGGAGAUUUGAUCGGAGCGGGAACACCUGGGGGUGUCACAGAGAGAGCAUCAAACAACAUAGAGGUGUGCUGUGUGAGGAAUUUGCGGACGUCCACGUCACGAAAUGUCGCUCGCUUGAUCAAAGGCAACGACAUUGUCAAUCUCCAUUCUUGUCUUUAUGCUGUCAAAUGGGCUCGAGCGCUGUUUGCACAACCCUAUACGUUGCUCUGGAAUCAACGUGUUUCAGAUCUCCUUCGCUUUGCCAUUCAACAUUGGCCGGAGGAUAGCUGGGCUAUCCGUGAGUACGCCGGCCAGCUACCUCCCACUGAUGUCUUGCAACCUGCCCUUGCACAACUUGAAGCGUUUCAUAAAGAUGUAAUGACGGCCGAUUCUAUCUCACCCACUGUCUAUGCGAAUCCAUUACCAGCAAGCCGAGUGGCGCCGUUUAAGAUUGGUCAAGUCUUUCGCCACAAGAGGUUUAACUGGAUUGGUGCGAUUACGGGAUUUUAUGCUAUUGAACCUCCAAGCUGGGAACAGUUUGACGCCGAGGGCGAAGUGACAGCAAUGACAUCAGACGAAGAAGUGAAGGGUAGAUUUUAUGUCAAGUGCCUACGCAUGGAUGGAAUAGAACAACCAGUCGUUGCUCCUGCAAAUAUUUGCAUCUUAACAGACGCAGAGACGAUUGACGAAGACAGAUUUCCCACUGCAGGAAAGUUUUUUAAGCGAUUUAACGAGGACACAUGCGAAUUCGUGUCAAAUUUACAGGAAGAAUACCCGAAUUUGUAACUGUUAUGUUUGGAAUGAUUGAUAUUACAUAGACCUAAAAGCGUCAAGCAGAAUUUAUGAUGAUGAUUCAACCAGACCUUCCAAGACCCCUUUGUCGGCGAGAAUAGAGAGCCACUUGUGAAGAGCGAACCCAUAGUCUUUCUGCCUGUUUGAAACGCGAUGCUGGUCUUGUACUGCAUCCAGCACUUCUUGACGAUAGGAGGCCAUUGCUGCUGUAGAGUUUUCCACAAGAUGAAGCCAAUGUAUAUACGAGUCGUCAGGGGUUGUUGCUUCUUCUAAAUCGUUGGAUUUUGUUGAAAGUUGCUGUACAGAUAUGUCGAUGUCGUCUUUGGUUAAUUUGAAGUCUGCAAGUUUUUCGAAAUCGUGGAGCUCAACAGGUUCAUUUGUAAGAUCAAUGUCCUUGGCGUUUUGCUUGAUAUAUCCACUUGCCAAAGAUACCGAUGCUAGAGUCUCACAAACUUUUGCACGUAGUGUUUCAAGGGAUGUAUUUGAACACAGUGACAGCAGAUUAAAUGAAUGUUCGCUUUCUUCAUGCUCCAGCAUUCGAGCUUGAAUCUGUGGCCGUGCAAUACUUGUCCAUGGGACGGAAGGCGUGAAUUGACCAAGCUUCAAAGGACUCGUCUUCAGCCCAUCAAGCUCGUAGACAGCAUCGCCAACAGGAACAUACGCCACGAAAUGGUACGCGUAUUGCAUAUUUGUCUUCUUGCGAGAACCUUUUCUCUUCAUGCCGAGUAAGGGUGUUUUACGUCGAAACUUGGGGGCCUUUCGCUUUGUUGACUCCUCUUGCAGACUGGCAUCAGAGAGCAGGUGAUCCAUCCGACGCGCAAACUUGUUGUGGAUAGCUCGUAUAAAGCUGUACUCUGAAAGUUUAUACCCUCUCAAUGGUGGUUCGAUAGGUAACGUCUCUUUGUAAAAUGCAUCAAGCUGUGGUCCAAUAUUCAGAGUUUUGUGAUUCAUGAUAAUGUUGAGAAGGGC